AUUCAGCCCACGAGCCCUGCAUUUCACUAUUUUCACUCGCAAAUGCCCUUCUACCUUCUGCGUCGCACGGUAGCUGUCGAAGUUACCACGUAUCGCUCGCCACCACCAUCAUGGUAGGGCCACAGCGACCUACCUUUUCGAGUCGAAGUUCGAUGCGCCCUCCUCCCCGUCCACAUGCAACUCAACAUGGCUCGAUGACGGGCCGCGCGCCCUCCCCAGCAGAAUCAGUCACGUCGAACGUGGGCACAAAGAGGAAGGAGAGAGAUUUUGACCAAGACCAUGGCGAAGAGACCAACAUCCAUGUGGUGGUGCGAUGUCGCGGCCGCAGCGAGCGAGAAGUGCGAGAAAACAGCGGGGUCGUGGUGUCAACUACAGGUGUUAGAGGCAAGACGGUGGAAUUGUCGAUGGGACCCAAUGCGAUCAGUAAUAAGACAUACCAUUUCGACAAGGUCUUUUCCCCUGCAGCUGAUCAGACAAUCAUUUAUGAAGAUGUGGUGGCACCGAUACUAAACGAGAUGCUUACUGGUUUCAAUUGUACAAUCUUUGCGUACGGCCAAACAGGCACAGGCAAGACAUAUACCAUGUCGGGCGAUAUGACUGAUACAUAUGGACUCCUCUCUGACGCGGCUGGUAUUAUCCCAAGGGUACUCUAUUCGUUGUUUCAGAGAUUGGAAGCAGAUGAACUGGAGUGCUCAGUCAAGUGCUCGUUCAUCGAGUUGUAUAAUGAAGAGUUGCGGGAUCUAUUAUCGCUCGAUGAUACUGUCAAGCUCAAAAUCUACGAUGAUGCCAACAAGAAGAGCCACUCUGCGACAGUCGUGCAGGGAAUGGAGGAAUCGCACAUCAACAGCGCAGCAGCAGGCAUCAAGCUGCUCCAAAGAGGCAGCCACAGACGGCAAGUCGCCGCUACGAAGUGCAACGAUCUCAGCUCCCGAAGCCAUACUGUUUUUACCAUCACAACCUACGUCAAGAAGCCGAACGAGACUGGUGACGAUUUCAUCUGUGCUGGAAAACUCAAUCUCGUCGACCUGGCAGGCAGUGAAAAUAUCCAAAGAAGUGGAGCAGAAAACAAGAGAGCUGCGGAAGCCGGAUUGAUCAAUAAGAGCUUGCUAACGCUUGGAAGAGUGAUCAAUGCUCUCGUGGACAAGAGCGCACACAUUCCCUAUCGGGAAUCCAAACUCACAAGAUUGCUCCAAGAUUCAUUGGGUGGCAGGACGAAGACAUGUAUCAUUGCGACAGUAUCCCCGGCAAAGAGUAAUCUCGAAGAGACAAUAUCCACACUCGACUAUGCUUUCAGAGCAAAGAACAUUCGAAACAAACCACAAGUCAACUCGACGAUCUCGAAGAAAACAUUACUUAAGGAGUUCACCAAUGAGAUUGAAAAGCUGAAGAGCGAAUUGAUUGCCACUCGACAGCGCAAUGGCGUGUACCUGACGAAUGAUCAAUACGAGGAGAUCACCGUUGAGAGCGAGUCCAGAAGGAUCCUUAGUGAGGAGCAAAAGGCACGCAUCGAGACGAUGGAAGUCAAUCUGCGCAAUAAGGUCCAGGAAUUGUUCAGUUUGACCAACAAUUUCACAAUGCUCAAGCGAGACAAUGAAGCAACACGCUCGACGCUGGAAAGCGCCAAAGAUGUCCUCGUAAAAACUGAAGCAGUGCUUGCCGAUACCGAGCGAAACCUCCUCGAAGAGACCGUACUCCGACAAGCACACGAAGCAACAGAAGAGGAACUGUUCGGCAUUGGAACAGAACUGGUUUCGUCCAUGGGGAGAACCGUGGGAGACAUCAAUGGUCUCCACGCAAAACUGAGGCGGCGGUCUGACCUUCACAUCCAGAAUCAUGAGUCAUGGAUGGCCUCGAUUGGACGGAUCACUACGGUUUCGGACCUUCUGGAUGCCCGAAUAGAGAACUUUCAGAAUACUUACGCUGAGAUGAUCCGAGCCAGCAAAGAGCGUGUCGAGGCAUUUCUUGCGGCGCAAAAAGCGCAUCUGACGAGCUCGGCACAGCUGGCCCUGUCAAAAGGAUCAGAAAUUGAGCAGGCUUGUCGAGCGAUCGACAAUCAGUCGUCUAAGGCACGGGAUGACAUGAAUUCCGUGCUUGAAGAGAUCAAAGAGCUGCGUGAAACCGUCAAGGACAAAGUUGGCGAAGGUCUCCAGGGAUUGUCUCAAGCAGCAGGCAAAAUCUCUGCGGAAGUGAUCUUAGAACUUGAAUAUUUCCACACUCAGCUGCACACAUCUUACAGUGGUCUUGGGAAAGAUGUCAAGACGAUGUUUGAUGAGCUCACGAAGGAGCUCUCCGCUCAGCGGGAGGAGGCGGAUACAUUGAGAUUUACGCUCCAGGAGGCCAAUCGAGCAAACAUCGAAGCACAAUUGGCCACUUCAACUCAGCUUCAGGCGAUCCGCGAUGAUGAAAGAAGAAUCGCCGAGGAAGAGAAGGAAAAGUUGAAGGAGCAUAUCUUCCAACUCAUUGAUUCCUCAUCUCAGCGGCAGCAGGAAAGAUUAUCUGACGGUCUGAUUAAGACUCAGACUAGUCUUGUUGAGGCAGUUGAACAUUUCGAGGAUGCUGACAAGAGCUAUCGUGAUGGAAUGGACAGAUGGGCCCAGGAUGAUACGAAGUUGAUGACCAACGUGGUCAAAGCUAGAGAGGAUGUCAAGACCAGGAUGAAAGGAGACUGGACGGCAAUCAACACGCGGAAUUCGGCGAUACAGAAAUCCACAAAGGCGAUACAAGAAGACACCACAAAGAUCGUCGAUGCGCAGCUCGCUCAGAUGGCGACUCAAAUGGCCGCUUUGGAUGACUUCGUGACCAGAGCACGAUCUCAGAACGACACCAACCACACCCAGCGGAUCCAGAGCCUGGACAAGAUGGCGUCUGACGCCCGUGGGGCCUUCGUCGAGCUUGAGAAAGGCUCGAACGAGCACAAGACUAAGCUAGAAAAUUUCGAGCAGGAGACCAGCUCGCACUCAGACGGAGCAGAACUCUUCAAUGCUCUGGAAGACGACAUUCGCCCGCAUCUGCAAGACUUGAGAUCAGAGGUAUCAAGAUCCGCAUUCGCAGAAUAUAUACCGACGGGCGAGACCCCCCAAAAGCGAGACUGGAACUAUCCGAUCACUCUCCCACGAACAGAAAGUCACGAAUCCAUCGUCGCGAGGUUACGAGGCCUACCUGAUCCGUAUGUAGCAUCGAAGACACCGUCCGCGAAAACACCAGGCCGCUCGCCCCGCAAACAAACGUCCCCUAGAAAGGGACAAGGCUUCGGUGCUGUCGGCGGCUCCCCCAGCAAGGCAGCAAGUCCGAGUAAGACGAAGGUCUUCAACGACGUUGGCUCCUCCACGAGCCAACAACAAGCCACGUUCCCGCAGAGCCAAGGAACAAUCCUGGCUGUAUCACUCGAACAAUCACAAUCACAGUCAAAGCCGGGUCUGGGCCUGAAAGAAAUAGACAUCAACCUUAUUGGCCGACCACCUUCGAGUUCUUCGGCGCCUGCGCUUGCUAAUGGUGCGAGUGAAGGUAAAGAAAAAGAACGACCCGUGCUGCUGGACUUUAGUAAGAGUUUAGGCUCUGGGACGGGACAGCCGCCGCUUAAGAGACAUGCGACUACGAACGCGGUCGUUGAGAGCAAGUUGCCCACAGCGAGGAAGUUGGGACGGGCGAAGAGUACCGUUGCUGGAACGGGGAUGGGCAUGGGCAUGGGUGGCGGAGUGGAGAAUUUCAGUCAGUCAAUUGGACCUGCAGGCGGUGGGAGGAGGUUGAGGAGCAGUCCGCCUGAGUAAUGGAGGAAGGUCUCGAGUCUCCAUCUUUGAGCUUUGAGCAACUCGAGUAAGCCCGAGUCUCCCACGACAGGGUAUGAAGUAUGGGUGUGCUGUUUUGGUUUUCAUUUGGUUGGGUUUGGGUUCAGAUUGAGUCGAAUCGGGUUGGAUUGCUACGAGAUACCCCUUCUGUAUGUGAGUUUCGUCUGUUGGUACAGGUAUCAUAACGAGGAUGGAGGCGUGCGUUAGAUCGAUUCCGAAGCGACUGAUGUUAAUGCGGCUUUGUAGUAGUACCUUACCUUACCUUACCUUAGGUAGGCUAGAAAUAUAUUGCCUUUGGCUGAUA